CCUUUGUGGGGGGAGAUUAUCCAAUCCCAAGCCGGAUCCAGUCGACUAUAUUCAUUUUACAGUAGACUAUGUUCAAUUCAAUUCGUGUAUGCCUUUCUUCCCCGACCCAUCAGAACUUACCCCAUUUACCAAUCUUUCCUCUCCCUCUCUCUCUCUCUCUCUCUCAUGUAUCUAACCCAGCAAAUCAGACUAACACCAUAGCAGAGCAGCAGCUUCCACUUCUCCUUAUCUGCAGUGCAGCAGCCUGCUCUGCCCUGCCCUGCCCCUCUCCUCCUCUGUCCCGGGUUGACUGGUUUUUAGUGACAGAACAUGCUGAGGCAAUCACCGAGCCGAAACGGGAGGACGAGAGGAUUCAAAGUGAAGCACGUCGUGCAGAUAUUCCUUCUGCUCACCAUCUUUAUAUGGCUGCUGUACCAAGUCAGACACUCGUAUUACAAGAAGAAGGAAUACGAAGAUCCCUCUCCGACAUUAACAUCAGAUGGCAUUGAGACUCGAGGAGAGGUUAUAAAGUUCGGGAGGAAGGACCUAAUAAAUUUGAAAGGGAGACAAGGGAAGGAUGAGGAAUCAGGACAGGACGCAGAGGAUGUUAAAGUUGAAGAAGAGGAAGAAGAAGAAGAAGAGAAUACUGUUGAAGGCCGAGGAGGUGGGGAUGAUGAGAUUGAUGUCAAUGACCAGGAGAGAGCCGACGAAGAAGACUCCGAGACGGAGAUGGAGGAUUUGAUCGAUGAAGAAGAUCAGGAGAAAGAAGAUGCAAGUCCAGAAGAAGAGGUUGAGGGCCAAAGUGGAAACGGGAAAGCUUCGAGGAAAGUCAAGGAGGAAGAUCAAGAGGAAGCAGAGGACUCGACUUCAAAACUGGUGGAGGGAACACAAGGUUUGGGAGGUUCAGUGAAUGGCGAGGAAACAAGUAACGGGGAAGACUCCUCAUUCUUUCGAGAUGGAUUAAUAGAGCGAAACGAGAAUUCUGACAGAGAUGCGCGGGCUAAGAAGUCAUAUUUGAGGUCGAUUCUUCUUGACGAUAUGGACAACAAAAAUGCAACUUAUAGAGAAAACAGCAGCAAAAGUUCUGCAGGUUAGUGAGUCCUUAACCCGGUUCCUAGUCCUAAUCGAGAUCGAGAUCCUUGAGACGAAGCUGUUUCACGACCGUGGUGGAGAUGGUUUCCGAGAGAAAGCAAUUCGAGAUGCUGCUGAAUAACAGUUUCAAGGAGGAGUUUCUGAUAGUAUUCUUUACAUCAUUUUGGGACCAUUUAGCAUUCCUUGGAUAAUGAUUCUGUUAAAUGCAGCUGAUGAGCAAACUGUACAUAUGCGUUGGUCGUGUAUGUGCUAUGUCUAGGCAACAAUUGCUUGGACUAGCGGCAAUUUCAAGUGUAGAGAAUAGUAAACUAAGUCAGCAACUUGAACGUGUAUAUAUGUCAUAAGAUGCUUGAAUGCGCC